AUGGGGUUGCACUAUGUCUAUCACAAGGCAAUCGCUGCUGUCCUUCGUGCCCUCGUUCGACCUAGACUCCAUCUUAACCCGAAGCCAAAUGAGACAAUUUUCAUUCCAUCUCGAGAUGCCGGUCGCACCAUCAAAGUCCAUCUCUACAAACCUGCCACCGCGACAAACCCCACUCCAGUCCUAAUAAACUUCUGUGGCAGUGGAUCUGUUCUUCCGACUUAUGGCAAUGAUGAUGAAUUCUGUCUCUAUGUCGCAAAUCAAACUAGAUACUCCGUCCUCGACGUACAGUAUCGUCUCGGGCCCGAGAAUCCAUUCCCGGCAGCAUUCCACGACGCCGAAGAUGUCGUGAAUUGGGCCCGGUCACAACCUGACCGCUUCGAUGCCUCAGAACUAUCACUAAGCGGAUUUAGUUCGGGCGGCAAUAUCGCCCUCGGCCUCUCUUCUUCAUCUUCGCAAUUCUGCCAGGAAGGCCAACCGAGCAUUUUCCAUACUGUCAUCUCACUGUACGGCCCAACGAAUAUGGCUCUGCCUACGCCGGAAAAGCCGCAAGUGGACAAAUCCAACUGGAUUAUGCGAAAAAUAUUCCCUGGAUUCUCCCAUCUCUGCCACAAAUGUUCGAUCCCGAACGGGGUAGACCCAAAAGACCCCCGUCUUUCACCCAAAUUUGCCAAUCCGAACAAUUUCCCCAACAAUGUAUUGACCAUCACAGCGGCUCAAUGUUCAUUUGCCUUGGAAGCAGAGGAUCUCGCUCAGAGGCUCGUUAGCAUAGAUGGGAAGUAUUCUGUAUAUAAGAGGAUGGAUGGCUGCGCUCAUGGGUGGGAUAAGGAAGCCAUAAGGGGCACAGCCCAGUGCGCUGCCAAAGACGAGGCAUACGCGUUAGUUGCCAGCAUGUUACAAGGGAACCUGAAGAGGGAUUUUCCCGCGGGCGAUUUAAGUAAGAAGGAUAACUAG